CAAUAGUGAGUCGAGAACUAGGCACGCUGAUCGAGUCCGAAGUUGAUUCCGUGCGCAUGUUAAUUUGUUUAUGUUUAUUUAAAAACGGUGAAGAGAGCGUUUCAUGGAGGCUGUGCUGACACACCUGACCAACAUACUGGAGUUACUGGCCGUGUCUCAGACGGACCGCGUGAGUGAAUGGGACCGUCACACCACGCUCCGGGCGUUUCAGUGGGCUGAGUACUGCGAGCAGCUUCACUCCCGCUUCCAGUCCAACCCCGCGGUCCGCUCCGUGCUCGAGGCUGCUCUGAGCGACACCAACCGCCGCCUGCGGGAAACUCUGCCCUCGUGCUCUCCGGUCAUGUUCUCUGAACUGGCUCAGUGUCAGCACAUGCUGCUCGUUCAUUUACUCAGAAACCCUUCCGCGCCUAACUCCGUUAUCCGAAUGCUUUUUCCAGAUCCCAAAACUGCUGCACAGGAAUCUCUGUUUGAUCAAAACAGCCUAAUUACGUGUAAAUCAGCUUUUAAUCUGCUGUGCCGCACAUCGGACGGGACUAGUAGUGCUGGGUUACAGGCUGAGGCAGUGGUCAGAGGCACACUGCUCGGGGACCUCUUGAACUCUCUACUGAGUCGGACUGGGAAUGACGAGUAUGCGAGAACACUGCUGGAUUCCAUGCUUCUGGACAGCGCGGGAAAACCGGAAAGCCUCUAUGACGUCAUAGCAGCUGCGCUUCUUUCUCCUGAUGACGAAACGAGCGGCGUCACUCGGCGCUGUGUCCUCGCCUGGCUGCGAGAGCGCGAGGGGGGGUUGAGUGAAGUGUGCAGGUCUCUGUCCCCCGGGAUCUGUGCCGUGCUCUCCAGACAGUCUCCCGAAUUUAAACAGGCAUAUUGGGGUGUUCUGAAACAGUGGGCGUCCUGCUUGGAGUUUGACGUCUUGGAGAGUCUAUGGGUGCCGACAUCAGACGAGCCGGUCACCUUUAUGAAACUGACUGAUCGAUUCAAAGAUUUAUUAAAUUCGGGGCCACCGUUAAAAGAGGAGACAGAAGCUGAACUCAAAACACUCAAACGGGAAGCUGGAGACUUUCAUGUAAAAGGCCUCUGUAUAUGGACUGAUAUAAUCAUUCAGCUAAAGCUGUAAAGACAUCAGAAUGAACGUAAAUUCAAGUCUGUUAGUUACUUCAUGUGAUGUUAAUUUGACUAAUGAAAAUAUGUGUUUGAGGAUAGACGUUUUAUAAUUAUAGCGUUUUGUCGAUUUAAUGUCUUGUAAUAAUUGUAAGUUUUAUUAUUAUUGUAGUUGUUGUUUUUAUUAUAAGAGCCAUCAUAAUAUAAAUUUUAUUUCAA